UGUGUUUUUUUGUAUCACUGCAGCAUCAGCACACACAGGCCACAAUCAAUUUGACAGAGGGGAGGAAGAAUUGCAAGACUCCACAUCAGGGAGCAGGAGGGCGGGCAGAGCGAGGAACGCCAGCCGGAGCCAGGAAAGAACCCCUGUGGCCAUCUUAAGCCUGUCUUAAACCUGUGGAGUAGGAAGACAGCGAGAGGGCGUGGACCUGUGAGCGAGCAGGCGGAAAGAAGAAGCGCAGCCAGUGUGGAAGAGAGAAGCUGAGAGGGAGGAUAAGCAGGACUGGUGAGACAGAAGGACGAGGGAUAGAGAGAAAGAGAGAGCGAGAAAGAGAGAGAGAGAGAGAGAAGGGAGGUGCCCGUCAGUGGGGGCUGCUGGUCUCAGGCUGUCCCCGUUUGUCCUGUUUGAGCUUGGAAGCAGGUGCAGGUUUGAUGGGACAGUGAGCAAUGCCUACCACACCACAACAGCAGGUGGGCAGCAGGGGGCGCCGCAUGCCUUCCUCACUCCCUCUCCUCAGUGUCCUUUUCAUCCAGCUGACCCUCACCUCUAUGCCAGGCCAUGCUGCCAUCUACAUUCCAGACAACUACCAAAUUAAAGACCUCCAAAAACCCCCAGUCAUCACUGUCCAGCCAGCUUCCAUCACUGCCUUCUCCUCUGAUGAGAUUUUCCUCAACUGUGAGGCUACUGGGAACCCCCCUCCAAGAUUUCGAUGGGUGAAAGAUGGACUGGAAUUUGACCCAUCCAAAGUGGCUGUGAUGCUGUCCCCUGACUCUGGGAGCUUCAAGGCUGAGGAGGGAGCCAUCCACCACUUCCAGGGCAACUACAGCUGCUACGCCUCCAACAAUCUGGGCACGGCUGUCUCCAACGAGGUUCAGAUUAUCACUGAGGACACUCCUGCCAUACAGAAGGAGAAGAAGGAGGAGAAAACAGUGGAAGAAGGAAAUUCUGCGAUCUUACAUUGCAACCCUCCAGAAAGUUCUGUGACCCCUGUGAUCCACUGGAUGGACAAGAGGCUUCGUCACAUCCAGCAGAGCGAGCGAGUGACUCAGGGCCGAGACGGCAACCUCUACUUCUCCCACGUCACCACAGAGGACAGCAGGAGCGAUUACACCUGCAACGUCCAGUUCCUGGGAGCCCGGAUCAUCGUGGCCAAAGAGCCAAUUAGCUUGAAAAUUCUACCCUCUAACUCAGUGGUGCGGAACAGACGCCCCCAGAUGAUGAGACCCACCGGUUCCUCAAGUUCCUAUACAGUACUGAGAGGCCAGAUGCUGGAUCUGGAGUGCAUCACCCAGGGCCUCCCCACUCCUUCCAUCCAGUGGGUGCGUAAGGAUGGAGCUUUGUCUGAGUCUCGUACCUCUACAGACAGUUACAACAGAGUGCUGCGUUUCAGUAACAUUUCCCAGAGUGACGACGGAGAGUAUCAGUGCACUGCCACCAACACGCAGGGCACGGCCAGACACACGUACACCGUCACUGUGGAAGCUGCUCCCUAUUGGAUUAAAGAGCCAGAGAGUGAACUGUAUGCACCUAAUGAGACAGUUCGAUUGGAAUGUCAAGCAGAUGGCAUCCCAACCCCCACUGUCACCUGGAGCAUCAAUGGAAGCCCUCUCUCAGGUAUUGACGAAGACAGCAGGCGUACUGUAAAAGGAGGCACCCUCAUACUGAAAAAUGUGGCAAUCAGUGACACUGCAGUGUAUCAGUGCAAGGCCUCCAACAUCCACGGCAACAUCCUCGUCAACACCUACGUCUAUGUCGUUGAGCUUCCUCCACAGAUCCUGACGGAGAACAGUUUGAGCUACACAGUAACAGAAGGACAGAUGGCCGAACUGCAGUGCAAGACAUUUGGCUCCCCCAGGCCCAAGGUCACAUGGGAAGACGAAUUGCAGGAAACUGUGUUGAAAAACUCUAGGAUGACUCAGCUGAGCAAUGGCACGCUGCAGAUCAUCAAUGCGUCCCGUGAAGACAAAGGCUCAUACACCUGCUCCGUCAAAGAAGCCAAAAUCUCCAUAACUGCUGAGCUGGAAGUGCUCAACAGGACAGUGAUCCUGGACCCUCCCCGUGCCCUGCACGUUCAGAAGGGGAAGUCGGCCACCUUUACCUGCCAGUACCAGGUGGACGACAGUCUGGCCAAACCUCAGGUUCUGUGGAGGAGGAGCGGGAAGAAGCUGGAUGAGUUUUCUGAUGGUGAUAAGUACAUGAUCGAGGAGACAGAGCUGAUAGUAAGCAAUGUUCAGGAGGAGGACGAGGGCAUUUACACCUGUGAGGUCAUGACCAGCUUGGACUCGGCCAAGGCUAGCGGCUCCAUCACUGUAGUCGACCGUCCAGAUGCCCCGACCCAGCUGAAGAUCACAGAGCCCAGAGAACGCUCAGUUACGCUGUCCUGGACACCUGAAGAUGACCACAAAAGCCCUGUACUAGAGUAUGUGGUGGAGUUUGAGGAGACUGGCACUGACAGGGAGGAGUGGGAGGAGCACACUCGUGUGGCUGGAGACACUCGGCGCAUUUCUCUCUCGCUGAGACCCUUCCUCGCCUACCGCUUCCGGGUCAUCGCCAUCAACAGCAUCGGCAAGAGUGACCCCAGCCUGCCCUCUGAACCUUACUCUACACCUGCAGCUCGGCCAGACAGUAACCCUGAAGCCGUGCAGAGUGAGUCCGUAGACCCCGACACCCUCUUCAUCACAUGGGACGAGAUGGACAGACGGAACUUUAAUGGACCUGAUUUCCGCUAUAAGGUGAUGUGGAGGAAGGUGGUUGGCAGUGGGCCGUCCUGGCAUUCCAACUUUACCUUGUCGCCGCCUUUCGUCGUCACAGAUGUGGGAAAUUUCACCGCUUUCGACAUCAAGGUUCAGGCUGUCAAUGAUAUCGGAGAGGGUCCGGACCCCAAGUCCACCAUCGGCUACUCUGGAGAAGACUAUCCUCAGAAAGCACCGCUGAGUGUGGGCGUAGUUCUGCUCAACAGCACAGCUGUCACAGUAACCUGGGCCCCAGUGGAACGAGAGUCUGUGAGAGGGCAUCUGAUGGGCUACAAGAUCAACCUGCAGAACUUCGGCGACUGUAUGAAGCACCACCACCAUCAGAAGUGGGUAAGGGACGAGGAUGGUCAGCCCUUGAGUGAGAUUGUCAUUAAGACGGGCCCUAAUGAAGAGAGGAAGGAACUGGGAGGUUUGCAGCCGUACUCCUGUUACUCCCUGUUCGUUAAUGUCUUCAACGGCAAAGGAGAUGGACCCCCAUCAGAGGACUGCCCCUUCGAAACACCUGAAGGAGUUCCUGGUCCGCCCACCUCUCUGGAGCUGAUCAGCCCCUCAGAGACCGAGAUGACUCUGCAGUGGACCCCACCUGCUAAACCCAACGGAAUACUCAUCGGAUAUUUACUGCAGUACCAGCAGCUAGAUAACACCGAUAAGCCCAUGCAGGUGGAGAAGAUUGACGACCCCAAGAAAACUCAGCUGACCCUUAAAAAGCUGGACUCGCGCAGCCGGUACCGCUUUGACCUGCGGGGGCGCACUAAUGUGGGAAGUGGUAUGCCCAUUGUUAAAGAGGGAGCAACCACGCUGGAUGGAGCUCCACCCCAUAACAUCAGCUUUUUUGCUGGAGAGACAUCAGUUAACUUUACCUGGGUCACUCAUGAGAGACAGAGAAACGUGGCCUUCCACAUUAAUUACCUGAAGAAGAACGAUCGUGGAAGCUGGAAGCAGUCAGAGAAAGUGAACACCUCUCAGUCCUUCUACACCCUGCGGGGCCUACAGCCCGGCUCCCAGUACCGCCUGCACCUCGUCUUCAGCAACGUCACCUUCAAAGAGAUCGAAAUACUGACAGAGGGGGCAGAAGCGAUGGAAGUGAAGAAUGGAUUUGCUACUGAAGGCUGGUUCAUUGGGCUCAUCAGUGCCCUCGUGCUGUUGUUGCUCAUACUGCUCAUUCUGUGCUUUAUUAAACGAAGCAAGGGCGGCAAGUACUCAGUUAAAGAGAAGGAGGAGGGUCAGGUGGACUCGGAGGUCCGGCCGAUGAAGGACGAGACGUUUGGCGAGUACAGAUCUCUAGAGAGUGAUAAUGAAGAGAAGCGGACGGCGAGUCAGCCGUCUCUGUGUGAGGAUAGUAAGCUGUGUAGUGAUGGAGCUCUGGACUACGGGAACAGCAACAGUGUACAGACGGAAGUGAUCAUGGACGAGUCUCUGGCCAGUCAGUACAGCGGAGCCAGAGACGAGCCCGAGGCGGAUCCCCAGGACAGCUCCUUCCUCACCCCCGUCUCCGUCGGCUCCACCUCCCACGGCCUGCCCAACUCCGCCGCUGUGCUAGACUAGCGGGGCAGGGUAGGCCUCGGGUCACAGCCGGAUUCACACACGUGCCCACUUAACUCAUAUCUAAGUGACUGACCAAACAAUCAAUACGCACAGUGCAGUGUGAACACAAACACUGAAACCUGAUGCCAAGUAACCAUACACCAGAUACACUGCUGGGACUGACUUUAGACACACUCAGACCAACCUGUGCACUUGGAGCAUAGCCAGAGGGAAACACCAGACUAGACAAGACUACACAGAAAAAAGACUGAUACACUGAAUUUCCUUCACAUUGACACUCUAAUAGGAUAUAAGCUAUAUCCUCACAGUUACUGCCAGCAGUGAGGGAGCCGACUGAGAGACGGAGAGAAUAUCUGAUUAUUAUAUAUAAUCAUAUAUGAUUAUUCAGGUGUUAAUGUAUGUAAAUGUAAAUAAAUUCAGUGUAUCACUCUUUUUCAGUACAGACUGACAUCCAUUUGAUUUAGGACUGCCAAGUUAACUGUUUACAGGUACUUUUGCAAUAGUAGUGUAUUCAGUAGAUAACCUCCAGUGAUAGCAAACGGCAUCCCAGGUUUUACACCUGUAAAACAUACCUACAGAACAAUGAACAAACAGAAACAGUGCAACGAAUUAACCUGAUUUAAAUGUGUACAUUAGGUUAGAUGCACUCAUAUAAUAAAAAUCAAAGUACCAAAGUACUUUUUAAUUUCUGUAAAUAUUUUUUUUGUAAAAGGAAUGUGUGUAUAAAGAACCACCAAAGUGUUUAAAGAAGUGGAAGUGUAAACUUUUUUAGUUUUGCUAAUUUAAAGGUUCUUCAUGCACACGCCUCAAUUACAAAAAUGGUUCUUCUUCCUCUUAAUCAAAGAACCCUUUGAUUAAGAGAAUAAAAUAUAUAUUUGCUUCAAGUAAAAAAACUCUUAUCUGUCUCCAAAAAAGAAUAUUGUCUUCAUUUUAAUUGACUAUUUCUGCACUUAAAAAAUAUAGUCAAGCCAACAUAAGAUAAGAUAUCAGGUAAUUGGUUAUGGAUUGUUUUUAUGUUUUAUGUUAAAUUAGUUUAGUCAGACAUUUUCCAACACAAAUCAACUCAAAAACUAUAGUAAGAUUCUGCAACUGAAAUUCCUUAAAUCUGUUUACUGUUCAUUCCCAUCAGCAGGUUAUGAAUCCGACUAUAACAUAACAUUCCCACAUUGGGGGGGUUUAUAACUAUAGAGCACUGAGCCCUGAAAUUUGAACUUAUGAUUUUCUCACACUUGACGAGCAGCAGUUAGACUGUAGGGCCACUCUGGAGCUCUGUGUUCUUUCUUGAACAUAGAUACAGUAUGUACAUUGCUCCACAGCUUUAAGGUGGCAUGACUGUCUAACUGCCUACUGAGGAGUUCAGAUUCCAUUAUCAGGCUUUAAUUCAGGUCCAUGGGUAAUUAUUGUAAGAGUGCUGAAUAAACUGCAUCGUAGAAAUAAGAAAUAUGAUUUAGGAGAACGUUUUACUUUUUAGGUCAAUUAUUUUAUUUACAGUGUAAGGAGAUUGGUUUUUCAAAUACUGAAAACAUGGUACAAUUUGUGAUACAACAGGACAGAAUUACAUCAACACUUUUUUUGCCAUUUUUUGUCCUACUUUUUGCAAUAAUUUAAUAAAUAUAUCGUCUCUUGUCACUUUAAAACCAUUUUUUCAAAUUUUCUUCUUUGUUUAAACAAACUAGAUCUCCUUUACAUUUUGUGAACGAUUUAUAAUGGAUGAACAAACAAUUAUGAUCCAAAAUCAAAUUAAAUCAAUUUUUUUCUCAUUUUGGGUCUAUCCAUUUAAUGUAAAACCAACGUACACAUUAGAAUCAGGUCAGUUCAGUGCGCUGUUCUUUGUUCAGUUGACACAAAUGACUUUUAUGUGACGAUUGAAACACCAGGACGUGCAGACACCCCACGGUUAAUGCCAAAUACAGAAGAUAGUGGGCAGUAGAGAAGGAGAAGAGCAGGGAGAAUUGAGGGCCUUAAAAUCCUGAUCAGUGCAUCAUGCAAGCAUAUGCACAGCACGUGCUGCGUAUGGAUUGCAUUGAUGUAGCUAUUUAUUAUAUAUAUAGUUGUGUGGUUCGCCAUUUCAUUGUCUUGACCCAUGUGUAACUUUUGAUUUCUGUUUUAAUUAUUAUAAUUUUUUUAUCGACGAUGUCAUGCAUCAUGUUCUCUUCCGUUCUGUGUAUAUGUGUGGUUUGUUCUUGAGUUCAAUACACAUCCAGCCAAUCCAUAUACUGUACUCCAUAGCCAAUCUACAUACUGUAAAUAUAUAUAAGAUGCAAUGAUACGUUGAGAUGAGGUGCUUUAUAUCGAGCUGUACAUAGUCGCAUCUAGCAUUUAGCCAUUUACAGUAUUAGAGCGCUGUCAUCUCCAUCGGUCCCCCCGUGCCUGUCUGCGUUACAGAUAUUGCCGCAAACGCUUGCCAUUUCUCUCCUGUCUCACCUCCCCACCGUCUUCAGGUUCAACGUUCCUCAUUUUUCUAUGUGUUUGUCUCUUUUUAUUGUACUUUAUUGUAGUGUAUUAAAAUGUGUACUGACAAAUCCUCUCUUGCAGUCCUGUUGGUGUAAAGCCAUAUGAAUACACACGUCAGAUGUGUGAAAGGGUAUGAGGUAGUUUUGAUGAGUUUGAUAGGGUUGUAAGAGUACACCACAACACACACAUGAACACACACACACCACACACAUGAACACACACACAUGCAGGGGAUGUACCAAAUGGAAACAGCACAUAAAAUACCCAUACGUUUUGGCCAUUUUAUCAGAAACACCAUCUGUACAGGCUUAAAAAUUGUUGCUUAAUUGGAGUUCUGGAAUAACUUUUAAUUUUGGGAGAUGGUCCACACCCCUGACCCAUCAAACUCCUCCUCUUUUUUAUUUAUCUGUCCUCACAGGAGGUCUUGACUUCAACCAUUAUACCGCAAAGCUGCCAUUAACUCCACCCCAACAACCUCUGAGUUCUCCUCCCAAGCUAAAGGGAUCUUUGGUUCCUCUAUGGCUUAGAAGAACCAUGUUGGUAAUAGAGAUGUGUAUGUGUGAAUUGGGGAAGAACCUUUACAUCAAGUGAGGGUUCUUUUUACUGUUAAUCCCAUAACCAAAUUUGGUUAUUCUGUGGCAUAAAAGAACCCAAAGAACCCACUAUAGCACCUAUAUUUUUAAGAAUGUAUAAAGGUGUACUUUGGCCUGACUGUAGCCUGUUACAGCACACUGACCCCAUCAUCACUGACCCCAAUUUAUUUGACUUCUGGACCAGUUUUUAUACUUGUAAUGUGUUUCAGUCCUCUAGUUCUUCACCAGUGGUCUGUUUUAACCACAUGCUCAUUGCUGACUGUAGGGUUUGGUUGGUGGACCACUGUCAAACCAGCAGUGACCUUAAGAGAGGUUUGUGUGAAGAACUUUUAAAUUUGUAAAGAACCUUUACAUCAUCUUUAAACCUUACAUAUAAGGUUUUUCUUACAAUGUUUGUGAAGAAAUUCUAUGGAUUUGCUCGAAGGUUUACUCACUCUGGUGGUCCCUUUCCAUUGGGCUAAUAAAAUAUGUGUAUAUUGUAAAUCUACAAAGGCUAUGUUCACAUUACCAGGCUAAAGUGAAUCAAAUCAGAUUUUUUGCCUUAAUGUGACACAGAUGGACAUGUCAAAUCCAAUCUCUUCAAAUCAGAUUUGAGAAACUUAUUUAACAUAUGUGGUCCUGAAUUGGGUACAGAUCCAAUUUGUAGGCGUAUGACGUGAAUGCGAAUGGACAAAAGAUUGUGUUUCAUGCAUUUAGUGCUAUUGUCAUUAGCCAGCAUCGACAGCCUGGCAAAACUGUAACAGAGGCAACGUACCUAAACAUAUAAAAAUAAAAUAAAAAUAAAUUCAUGCAGAUUUUUCACAUUACAAAUAUAUAUAUAGGUAAACCAGAUAAAAUGGCUAUUGAAUGUGAGUAUUCCAUGUGUGGUUUCCAAUAUUUGGUACAUUUCCUGUAAACACAACAAAAAUACACACACACACACAUGCACAGUUUAAGCGAAUUUGUUUCAGUUCUGUAAAACACAAUCAUAUGUGUAUUUAUUGCGGUUUGUGUCUUCUUACACAGAGAAUGUAUGCUUUGUUGGGGUAGGAACAUCGAUUCCGUGCCAGUAUACCAAAUAGCAUUUGUUCCUCUUUGGCUGUGUGGUAUGUUUUGCGUUUUGCUAAGCAGUGUUACGUGGAAUUAAAUGAAAAGAUUAUGAGCAUUAUGAGACGAAUGCUAAAAGAAGCUGUAAGGCCAGUCCUGUAAUCGAGAAGGAAUUGAGAGAAAGCUGGAGACGAAAAAAAAGGCCUCUCUGUUUUUAUUUGAAUGUAAAUAAAACCCAAAUGAUUGUUUUGUUAUGGGAUUUUUUAAAAACAGUGAAAAAUGUCUCGUUGAAUACCUCGGUCUUGGUUUUACAGUUGUCGAUGUUAUAAUUCUUAAGCUUUGAACUUUUGGCAUAAAAUGUUAGUUGUGAUAUAACUGUUCUAGAUAACUAGUGAAUAGUUUUCAAAAAUGAUAAAAAAAAAUUAACAAACCAUUCUUUGAUAAUAUCUUAAUCACAAAAACCCAAAAAACAUGAGAAAACUUUUUUGUAAAAAAGGAAAAUAGGUGCACUUAAUUUAUAUUAAGUGUCUGUUAUAACUGUGUUAUUACACAUUAAUUGACAGUCCAGGAAAAGACAGUGAUUUUACUGGUGAUAAUAACAAUUACAAAGACAUUACAGUAGUACAGCUUGUGUACAAAUACAUAGGUAUAAACUUUAGGGAACUUCAGUAGCUGUAAUUUAGCUGGGCAUUAUGUUAUCUCCUGCAUGGUUAUAUGUGUGUUAUAACAUAUGUGUAACUGUAGUUAUACUGUAUGAACUUGCUAAUGCAACAACUAUUUUGGGUCAACUUAUUGAGUGUACAAACUGCACUACUGUCAUACUGUAAUUCAUCUCUAACAGUGAAUAAAUCUAUCACUAGUGCUCACUCACUAGUUCUAGUUGUUACAUGGUCUGUUCAUGUGUAACUACACAGUUAUUACAGAUAUAUAAUGUAAAAUAGGAGCAGGAAAUAAAACAUCACUAGCCAUUGACCUUUAAACUGAGAAUCCAAACAAGAUGACUUUCCUCGCGGCGUGAAAAAAAAUAGAAUUUCCAUCUGUUAGCUGUUUGCGUAGAGUUGCAGUAUUGUGUGUAUCUGUUGCAAAGCUAUGUCUGCAGAAGCAGUGUGAGAAGAUGCUCUAGUCUUGUUUGUACAGUGCAUGUACAGUAUACACACGCAGGGAGAAUCUGCAAUGUGCUGACUCCAAGUCAUUCAAACCAGCAUUUCCACGCUGCCUGCAGUGAGCCGAGUCCUCCGGGAGAGAUAUAUUUAUGUGUGUGUGUGUGUGUAUAUGUGUGUUUGAGAGGUGCAGUAGGCUGGAAUUGCUGGUUUUAAUGGUGCUCGGUGUCGGCCUCCCUUGUUUAUGCUGUAGAGACACACUCAGGACAUAAUUCUCUUAGAAGUCUAUUUUCAUACAGGAGGAAUAAUAGUGAUGUGAACUAUGUCAAUAUUCAACCGAGCUGCUGCUAGACAUCUGUGUUCUGUUAGCGUCUGAGCAUGCGUUGGCCUUAGAGAGAGGUAGAGUCAGCUUACAGAUAUUCACUAUACUGCUUCUUGCUUUUCAGAUAGAGAAGAUUAAAGGUAGAUCUGUCACAGGAUGCUGGGUGGCUGCAUUCUGCAAUGUAAAAUAAUGAGCUUGAAAUGAUACAGUAACUAAUUACAGAGCGUUUGUUGAGUUAACUUACCAUCUUUUACCUUCUCUGUUUGGUUAUCAAUAUAUAUUUUUAAUUCAGCCUUAAAACAUUCACAUCUGCAGAAUAGAACAUCUUCUAUUACAAGGCAUUUCCACACUCUGUAAAAGUGCUUGGGCCUUGCUGAGUUUCUUGCUGAACUUCUUAUGGGUUAUGAACUCCUCACAGUUAGUAAGCAGCAGUUAGACUGUAGGGCCACCCAAGAUCCAUGAAAUUACCCCACAUAAAUACACAGAUCUGAUGUAGAUAAAGAUAAAGUUACUGUUUUAUUCUUUCUUGAAUAGAGAAUCUACAUGUUUGCAUAACUAUAAAGUGGUACAACUGUCUAACUGCCUGCUUAUUAAGACACAUUCUAAUCCCAUUAGCACUACAUUUAUCCAUUGUCAGAAGCCUAAAAAUACGACAUCAUAUUUAAAGCCACAGACUAAACAUUUUACUCAAAUUGAGAUUUAGAAGUAAAAAAUAUGUUAGGACAGUUAGGAGAUCUUUAUACUGAACUAAAGCUGAGUUAACUCAAUAGAUCCUUUGUAGUCAGUUACUUAUUGUCAGUUUAUUGUCAGAGUUUUUUUUUGCAGUGUAGCCACACUGACCUUGCCAUUCUAUGCCCACAAACGUACAAUGGAAAAAAGAAAAAUGAGCAAUGUCAAUGAUUUUCUUUCCAUAUUAAAACUAGUUGAUUAAUAUUAUGAUACUUAUAUCAAUAUUAGCAGUUUUAAAAGUCAUUUUUUAGCAGAUUUCAACAGAGAACACUUUUUUUCUACAAGCAAUGCACUGAAAGAUCUGAAUUUUAAUAACACAUAGUAUUCAAUUAUAACAAGUUGAGAAAUGUCAGAUUUGGAUGUACUGAUAAAUCAAUUAUUAAUCCCAUUUGAUAUGGAAAAGCUUUACUGUGCUGACUUAAAUAUUAUUCAACCUAAUGCGAACUUCCCAUAUUUAUGACAUGUAUAUGAAAGGUCACACUUAAAUGAAGAUUUUUAAUUAUGUGUUUUAGCUGUGGGGGGCAGCAUUGGCCUAAAGGUUAGAGAAGUGGGCCUGAGACCAGAAGGUCACUGGAUCAAACCCCAGAACAGAUUCAACCCCCCAAUUCCCUGCAGGUUCUGACGUAGCCGCCCUAAUCACAAGUGUGAGUGUGUUUGUUUACUGCCACUGAAGGGUUAAAUACAGGCUUAAAAUGGGCUUAAUCUUAAGGUGAGCAUAUUAGAGAAAUGUACUGUAUAAUGUAAAACAAACCCAUAAACCACAACAACGCAUCGUAAGCUUGUAGAGUAGCAUUUUAAAUGGAAAAUCCCAGCUUUUCUAGAAGAUUUAGCCUAUAUGGCAUUUGUUCAGCAUUCUCUAAAGCUUCUCCAACACUUUUGUGGGCACAGCAUGGCUCAGUCAGUAUAUCAUCGUAUCAGUUUUACUAUUCUUACAAAUAUUUAAACUUAUCUUAAAUCUGGCUUCAGCUUCUGUAGACUCAGUACUCGACAGGUUCAGGCGUAUGCAUCACUUGACUAAAAUAGUCUCUUAUGUCAUGUGCUCCCUGUUUAUGACUCAAAAUCAAAUCAAACAGUACAGAAAUUAAGGAAAUCCAAUUAAUAUACCAAGAAUAAAAAAAGAAAAGGCAGUGGAUCAGAAUGAAAGGAAUGUGAGGGAGUCGCAUCACUUCAUGAUGAACAGACAUGUCCCUAAUCCAUUGUGUUUCUCUGUGCCAUGGGGUGAAUGGCAUGUCGGUGGUAAAGUGGGAAAGGGAAUGAGGGACUUAUUUGGGGGUGGGUCUGUAACAGUGGGGUUGAACUGGACAAUGAUGCUGUAUGUGAAUCAUGAAUCAGCCACUGUAUGUAAAUGCUUCAAAAAUAAAGUCCAUGGAACAAUCUA